AUGAAAGCCUUCGCCUUAUUUGCAAUUAUUGCUUUGACUGUUGUCCACUGCGAUAGUCCCUCUUGGGCCAGCUAAUCUGCUGCUUAAACUUUCGCUACUUGUAUUACUGCUUUGAAGACACCCUCUUGUGCUCUCACCACUUGCACUAAUGCUUUAAGUACUUAUACUACUUGCAUUGGUUGCUCAGGCAACAACGGUAGUUACAGUGCCUAUUUAACCUGUGUUAAAGGUUGUGCUACUACUUUUAAUGCUGAUUCCACUACUACCAGUGAUACCACUGCUGCCGCUUAUGUUAAUGGAUACACUACUUGCGUUCAAGGUCUUAAUGGUUCUCUUUUGGCCUUAUCAGCUUUCUUCUUAGCUGCUUUCGCUUUACUCUUCUGA